AUGGUCAAUGACUCGUGUUUAGUGUGCAAAAAAUUUGUAAACAGACAGGUGACUAAAGUUCAAUGUGCGAAAUGCAAGAAAAUGGUUCAUACCGAUUGUUUAAGCCCUGCUAUCUCACCUGAUGCUUACUGGAUGUGCAAAACCUGUAAAAACGAUUCUACGGAAUCCACGCUAGGUACUCCCGAAUUCGAAGCUCUGAUGAACAAACUUAGUGGUAUUCAAAAUGAUAUAGAUCAAGUGAAAAAUAUCCAAAAAGAUAUGGCAAAAACUCUCGAACUGUAUGCGUCUAAAAUUGAUGAUUUUGCUCACAAGGUAAAGAAUAUCCCGAUUAUCGAAUCAACAGGUGUUGAAAAUAAAAUACAAAUCGAAAAACUAAAACUCCAAGUUGAGGCAAUGGAUCAACAGAUUCGUUUAAACAACAUAAUUAUAAAUGGAUUACCAGUGACCAACGAAAAUGCAAAUAAUAUUGUAACCAAUAUUUUCAAAUCUUUAAAUCUGCCAUCCACAAAUAUGAUCGAAACGUGCUAUAAAAUUGGUCGCAAUCAAGCAACAGGCGGCCAUCAAACUAUUAUGGUUAAACUUCUAUCGAAUGAAAAAAGGCAUAUGGUCUUUAAGGCAUUUAAAACCAAGAAAAUAUUAAAAGCAAAUGAAAUAGGAUUUACUAACAAUGAAUCACGGUGGGGCAAAAUAAAGAGCAAUUUUGAAAAGGAGGUUAAAAGUUAUAUGUCGUUUGGAUGA